AGACAGAGGCGACAGAAACUCUGCAGCUGGCUCUUGCCCCGGAGUAGCUCAGGUUCCUUGUAGGAGUCAUCUUCGCUUGGAGGUCUUCUGAAGGACACCGAUACCAUGGAAGAGCACACAUUUGGGGUUCAGCAGAUCCAACCCAACGUCAUUUCUGUCCGUCUCUUCAAACGCAAAGUGGGAGGUCUGGGCUUUCUGGUGAAGGAACGGGUCAAUAAGCCUCCCGUGAUCAUCUCGGACCUGAUUCGAGGAGGUGCCGCCGAGCAGAGUGGCCUUAUCCAAGCUGGAGAUAUCAUUCUCGCCGUCAACGACCGGCCCCUGGUAGACCUCAGCUAUGACAGUGCCCUGGAGGUUCUCAGGGGCAUCGCCUCCGAGACCCAUGUGGUCCUCAUUCUGAGAGGCCCUGAGGGCUUCACCACGCAUCUAGAGACCACUUUCACAGGGGAUGGAACCCCCAAGACCAUCCGGGUGACCCAGCCCCUGGGUCCCCCCGCCAAAGCCGUCGAUCUGUCUCACCAGCCGUCAGCCAGCAAAGACCAGCCAUUAGCAGUAGACAGGGUCACAGGUCCCGGUAACGGACCUCAGCAUACCCAAGGCCGUGGACAGGGAGCUGGCUCAGUCUCCCAGGCUAAUGGUGUGGCCAUUGACCCCACAAUGAAAAAUGCCAAGGCCAACCUCCAGGACAGCGGGGAACAGGAUGAACUGCUCAAAGAGAUUGAACCCAUACUGAGCAUCCUCAACAGUGGGGGCACAGCAGUAAGCAGAGGGGGACCAGCCAAAGCAGAGAUGAAAGACACAGGAAUCCAGGUGGACAGAGACCUCGAUGGCAAACCGCACAAAGCUCCACCCCUAGGCGGGGAGAAUGACCGUGUCUUCAAUGAUCUGUGGGGGAAGGGCAACGUCCCUGUGGUCCUCAACAACCCGUAUUCAGAGAAUGAACAGUCUCCAGCCUCGGGCAAACAGUCCCCUACCAAAAAUGGCAGCCCUUCCAGGUGCCCUCGCUUCCUCAAGGUCAAGAACUGGGAGACAGACGUGGUCCUCACUGACACCCUGCACCUGAAGAGCACGCUGGAAACGGGAUGCACAGAGCACAUUUGCAUGGGCUCCAUCAUGCUGCCAUCCCAUCACAUACGGAAGUCAGAAGAUGUCCGCACCAAGGACCAGCUCUUCCCUCUAGCCAAAGAAUUUCUCGACCAAUACUACUCAUCCAUUAAGAGGUUUGGCUCCAAGGCCCACAUGGACAGGCUGGAUGAGGUGAACAAGGAGAUUGAAAGCACCAACACCUACCAGCUCAAGGAUACGGAGCUCAUCUAUGGCGCCAAACACGCCUGGCGGAACGCCUCUCGAUGCGUGGGCAGGAUCCAGUGGUCCAAGCUGCAGGUGUUCGAUGCCCGAGACUGCACCACAGCCCACGGUAUGUUCAACUAUAUCUGUAAUCACAUCAAGUACGCCACCAACAAAGGGAACCUCAGGUCGGCCAUCACUAUAUUCCCUCAGAGGACUGACGGCAAGCAUGACUUCAGAGUGUGGAACUCGCAGCUCAUCCGGUAUGCGGGCUACAAGCAGCCAGAUGGCUCUACCUUGGGGGAUCCCGCUAACGUGGAGUUUACAGAGAUCUGUAUACAGCAGGGCUGGAAAGCCCCAAGAAGCCGCUUCGACGUGCUGCCUCUCCUGCUCCAGGCCAACGGCAACGACCCUGAACUCUUCCAGAUCCCACCAGAGCUCGUGCUGGAAGUACCCAUCAGGCAUCCCAAGUUCGACUGGUUUAAGGAUCUGGGGCUCAAAUGGUAUGGCCUCCCCGCUGUGUCCAACAUGCUGCUGGAGAUAGGGGGCCUGGAGUUCAGCGCCUGUCCCUUCAGUGGCUGGUACAUGGGCACGGAGAUCGGUGUCCGUGACUACUGUGACAACUCUCGAUACAAUAUCCUGGAGGAAGUAGCCAAGAAGAUGGAUUUAGACAUGAGGAAGACAUCCUCCCUCUGGAAGGACCAAGCCCUGGUGGAGAUCAACAUUGCUGUUCUGUACAGCUUUCAGAGUGACAAGGUGACCAUCGUCGACCACCACUCUGCCACCGAGUCCUUCAUCAAACACAUGGAGAAUGAAUACCGCUGCAGGGGGGGCUGCCCCGCUGACUGGGUGUGGAUUGUGCCCCCCAUGUCAGGCAGUAUCACCCCUGUCUUCCACCAGGAGAUGCUCAACUAUCGACUCACCCCGUCCUUUGAAUACCAGCCUGAUCCAUGGAACACUCACGUGUGGAAGGGCACCAACGGGACCCCCACGAAGCGGCGAGCCAUCGGCUUUAAGAAAUUGGCAGAGGCUGUCAAGUUCUCAGCCAAGCUGAUGGGACAGGCCAUGGCCAAGAGGGUCAAAGCGACCAUUCUCUAUGCCACGGAGACAGGCAAAUCACAAGCCUAUGCCAAGACCCUAUGCGAGAUCUUCAAGCACGCCUUUGACGCCAAGGCUAUGUCCAUGGAGGAGUAUGACAUCGUGCACCUGGAGCACGAAGCCCUGGUCUUGGUGGUCACCAGCACCUUUGGCAAUGGAGACCCCCCUGAGAAUGGGGAGAAAUUCGGCUGUGCUUUAAUGGAGAUGAGGCACCCCAACUCUGUGCAGGAGGAGAGGAAGUACCCGGAACCCUUGCGUUUCUUUCCCCGUAAAGGGCCUUCCCUCUCCCAUGCUGAUUCUGAAGCCCAAAGUCUUGUUGCUGCUCGUGACAGCCAGCACAGGAGCUACAAGGUCCGAUUCAACAGCGUCUCCUCCUAUUCUGACUCCCGCAAGUCAUCUGGCGACGGACCCGACCUCAGAGACAACUUUGAAAGUACUGGACCCCUGGCCAACGUGAGGUUCUCAGUAUUCGGCCUGGGCUCUCGGGCGUAUCCCCACUUCUGUGCCUUUGGGCAUGCGGUGGACACCCUCCUGGAGGAGCUGGGAGGGGAGAGGAUUCUGAAGAUGAGGGAGGGGGAUGAGCUCUGCGGGCAGGAAGAAGCUUUCAGGACCUGGGCCAAGAAAGUCUUCAAGGCAGCCUGUGACGUGUUCUGCGUGGGGGAUGAUGUCAACAUCGAGAAGGCGAACAAUUCCCUCAUUAGCAAUGACCGCAGCUGGAAGAGGAACAAGUUCCGCCUCACAUAUGUGGCGGAAGCUCCAGAGCUGACCCAAGGUCUCUCCAAUGUUCACAAAAAGCGAGUCUCAGCCGCUCGACUCCUCAGCCGCCAGAACCUGCAAAGCCCUAAAUCCAGCCGAUCAACCAUCUUCGUGCGUCUCCACACCAACGGGAAUCAGGAGCUGCAGUACCAGCCAGGGGACCACCUGGGUGUCUUCCCUGGCAACCACGAGGACCUCGUGAAUGCACUCAUUGAGCGGCUGGAGGACGCCCCGCCUGCCAACCACGUGGUGAAGGUGGAGAUGCUGGAGGAGAGGAACACAGCUCUGGGUGUCAUCAGUAAUUGGAAGGAUGAGUCUCGCCUCCCACCCUGCACCAUCUUCCAGGCCUUCAAGUACUACCUGGACAUCACCACGCCGCCCACGCCCCUGCAGCUGCAGCAGUUCGCCUCCCUGGCCACCAAUGAGAAAGAGAAGCAGCGGCUGCUGGUCCUCAGCAAGGGGCUCCAGGAAUAUGAGGAGUGGAAAUGGGGCAAGAACCCCACAAUGGUGGAGGUGCUGGAGGAGUUCCGGUCCAUCCAGAUGCCUGCCACGCUUCUCCUCACCCAGCUGUCGCUGCUACAGCCUCGUUACUAUUCCAUCAGCUCCUCUCCAGACAUGUACCCUGAUGAGGUGCACCUCACCGUGGCCAUUGUGUCCUACCACACCCGAGAUGGAGAAGGACCAGUUCACCACGGGGUGUGCUCCUCCUGGCUCAACCGAAUACAGGCUGACGACAUCGUGCCCUGCUUCGUAAGAGGUGCCCCUAGCUUCCACCUGCCUCGAAACCCGCAGGUGCCUUGCAUCCUGGUUGGCCCAGGCACUGGCAUCGCGCCCUUCCGAAGCUUUUGGCAACAGCGACAAUUUGACAUCCAACACAAAGGAAUGAAUCCCUGCCCCAUGGUUCUGGUCUUCGGGUGUCGACAAUCCAAGAUAGAUCAUAUCUACAGAGAGGAGACCCUGCAGGCCAAGAACAAGGGUGUCUUCAGAGAGCUGUACACUGCCUACUCCCGGGAACCCGACAGGCCAAAGAAAUAUGUACAGGACGUGCUGCAGGAACAGCUGGCCGAGUCUGUGUACCGUGCCCUGAAGGAGCAAGGAGGCCACAUUUAUGUCUGUGGGGACGUUACGAUGGCCGCCGAUGUCCUCAAAGCCAUCCAGCGCAUAAUGACCCAGCAGGGGAAACUCUCAGAGGAGGACGCUGGUGUGUUUAUCAGCAGGCUGAGGGAUGACAACCGGUACCACGAGGACAUCUUUGGAGUCACCCUCAGAACGUACGAAGUGACCAACCGCCUUAGAUCUGAGUCCAUCGCCUUCAUUGAAGAGAGCAAAAAAGACACAGACGAGGUUUUCAGCUCCUAACUGGAUCCUCCUGCCCCAUGGGAUGUGGGGUGGCUGCCCCAAGUGCCCAAGCGAGGGUGGCCGAAGGUUGACUAAAUGAGGACACACACAGCUGAA